AUGUGCGGCUCCUCGGAAGCCAUGAAUCGGGAAGAUCAUUAUUACCCGUCUCAGGUUUUUAAAGACUCCUGUGCCUACCAGAGAUCACAGGGGGAGGACUACAGCCACAGCCCGCCGCCCUGCCUCUACAUGAGCAGGCAGGUCCACUCCGUCUACACUCCGACGACCAUGGGAGCCUUGGAGCAGGCCAGCCUUCCUGACACUGCCCCCUCUUACACUCUGCCCAUGCGGGAGGAUCCAGGUGUGCCUCAGCUCCACCAUCAUCAGGCGCUCCAGCAGCAGCCUCUCCCCCCCGCUGCAGGCUAUGGAGACACGGGGGAACAGAGCAGAUAUCACCUCCCUUUCCCCUGGAUGAAAACCACAAAAUCUCACUCUCACACCUGGAAGGGGCAGUGGGCAGGACCAUACGUGAUGGCGGAGACCGAGGAAAACAAACGCACGAGGACUGCCUACACGCGCGCCCAGCUGCUGGAGCUAGAGAAGGAGUUCCUGUUCAACCGCUACAUCUCGAGGCCACGCCGCGUGGAGCUGGCGCUGACCCUGAGCCUCACGGAGCGCCACAUCAAGAUCUGGUUCCAGAACCGGCGCAUGAAGUGGAAGAAGGAGGAGGACCGGAGGAGGGCGAGGGCGGCCGACCCGGACCAGGACUCCUCCGUCACCUCUGGAGACCAGGGGGAGGCUGUCGGAGGGGUCUCCUCCACGAACGGACCUCACACCGCCUCACCCCCCGUUUCCCCGCUGCGCGCUCACUCCCUCUCCGCUCCUGGGUCCCGAGAGCCCGCAUAG